UGGAGAGUACGCCCAAAGAUGAGGUAUGCUCAACACUAACCUCACGGAUAUGCUGUCAAUCACCUGCGCGCUCGUACUAGAUGCUCAAGGACGUCGCCAAAAACGCAAUAGUCGAUUUCUUACAGAAGAUGAACGUUCCUGCCACCCCCAAGUCCACCCGCAACCCGGCCCUGGAAUCUCGGGUAAAGGAAAUCACCCAGACGUGGCCAUCUCCGAGUCCAAGUCACGAUCAUACUAACCACCAUAUCGUCACUGGUGUCGUUAUGACCGAGGCGAGUUAUUCGCACCUCACGUCCAUCGACGCCCAGGUGGCAAUAGCACUUUACACCGCUCUCAUGGUGGCCCUUGACGAUCCAGAGGUCUUCGGUGUCGUAUCUGCGCACAAGUUCCCUCAGAUGUUGUGCGACGGGUCUGCCCACCAGGAUCGAGGACUCCUCGGGGAGCUGGCAAGACUCCUCGUAGACAUGGGUCGCUUGUUCCCUGCCUUCGGCAUAAAUUGCAUCAUAUCUUCUACCAUGCGAUGGUUCGCCGGCGAGAUGAUUAGCAAUCCGUCCACCCCGUCCUUCCUGGAGCCACGGUCGAAGAGUUUUGUCGACUUACAACGGAGUUUAUCAGGGGAUCCAGAGGCGUAUGCGGCCUUUAUCUGGGACAAGGCAGAUUUUUCCGAUGAAACCUCAUAUAUCCAUAUAUUCCCGGAAGCCUGUAUAUACGUGAAUCAUGUCAAGUCAGAGUACGGUCAGAGUACUUACACGAGCAGCAGCGACAUCCUAUCGGGAGACGAUACCUACCUACGUGCUCGCUCUCGUGUGACGGGACAAGCCACGUACGACACCCUUCGCGAGGUGAUCGACGAGGUCGUGGCCGCGGUCGAACGCAUUCGAGAACAUCUUGGUACAGGUCCCGCAAGGGACGCAUGGGACAGCUUCGAGGCAGGCUACAUCUGGUUCCACAUCGGCGACCCUCGGUACCGGCUGCAGGAGGUCAUUGGCACGGACUAUAUGAUGGAUAGCAUGGCGUGUGAGGCGUGUGAGGCCUACUAGAAGGGAGAUUGUACCAGAGUGCAUUGCCGUCGAAAUGACACCUAUAUCAUCCAGCCAGGAUCGAUGUUCGUACGCCCUCGGUUUGGAGCGUUGAACACAGCCAG